UAGAAAUUGAAACAUUCGUUAUUUGUCAUUUUUUUUGUACCAGAGUAUCAGAGUACAUACAUUGCGUGCGACUGAGUCAAGCCUAAACGACGAAACCAAUAGGUGGCGGAGGCAAAGACAUCUACCAUCCCAACCAACGUCUACGGACCACACCUGCACGAGGUAAGAAAUUGUACGGCGACAGAGCCUGCUCCUACUCGUAAGGCUCCCUGAGAAUCUCGGCAAUACAUACGUCUAGAUGUGACCCUUAUGGCGAAAAUCGAGACCGAAGCUCUACAUAACGGGUCGGCCACGAAAACUACGGCGACGGCAGCAGCGAAUGAUUCACUGGAUACCUCCAUCAAAGUCCUGGUGACUGGUGGUUUGGGUUUCGUUGGUUCAGCCAUCGUUCGAGCGUUACAGGAACAGCGUCCUAAAUGGAUCGUAUGCAUUCUCGAUCUGGACAAUGGGCCAGGAGACUCGUGCAAGGACGACGGCGAGGAUGAGCUAGACUUGCUCAAGGGGUGUUCGUACGAGUACGUUCAGGCGGAUGUCACCGACUUCGAUGCCGUGAUGAGGGUCUUUCAUCGCGUAAGGCCUACUGCGGUUGUGCACUCGGCAGGUAUCGUGCCACCCUUGAGAGAGAGAUACUCGCGUCGCUUGGAGACCGUUGUCAAGAAAGUCAAUGUCAUGGGCACUAGGCAUGUCGUCGAGGCAGCGGGAAGAGCGGGGUGCCGUGCCUUUGUAUACACGAGUAGUUGUUGCGCUGUCGUGGAUGACAUGACCAAGUCUUACCCAAAUAUUGAUGAGCGCUGGCCUGUGUCCAGAAAGAGUUUGAUAUAUGGCGAGAGCAAGGUUGAAGCAGAAAGAAUUGUCUUAGCAGCUAACAACAGUGGCAUGUCACACGAGAAAUUCGCCAUCUUGGACGGUGAGUCCCCCAACGCCAUGCUCACCUGCGUCUUGCGGCCUUCGGUCAUCUUUGGAGAGGGUGACCAUCAGCUGAUACCUUCUCUCCAUGCCUGCAUCGCAAAGGGGGAAUCUCGCUUCAUCGUUGGAAAUGGAUUUAAUCUGUGGGACGCAACAUAUGUUGGAAAUAUCGCCGAUGCUCAUGUACUAGCCCUCGAUAAUCUGCUGGGAGUGGGGUCUCGGCGGGACGAAACGCAGGCCACCAUCAAUGAGCUGGUCCAAGAGCCUGGUACCAACGGAGUGGGAAGUGCCGCUGGAGAGACGUUCUUCAUCCAGAAUAAUGAACCCAUCUCGUUCAGAGACUUUAGUCUCGCCGUGUGGAAAGAGUUUGGACACUACCCGCCGUGGCUGGAAAUUCGCAUUCCAGAAGGAUUAGGGUGGACCCUGGGUUUGUUCGCGGAACUCUUCACGCGAAUCUCCGGCACGCCAACGACCCUGUCCCGCGGUAGUGUGAUGGACGCAGUAGCCAUUCGUUAUGCCUCUGGCGACAAGGCCAGCAGAAUCCUCGGCUAUCAUCCACGAACUGGGUUAGAGGUGGGCAUCAAAAAAAGUUGUCUUGAUUAUGCGCGACGGUUAGAGGAAAGACGCCGACGAUGAACGCAUGAUUGCUGCUGAGACGCCAGGAAUGAGAGAAACGUAAUGGCUCGGAAAUUAUGGUCAGUUGGUGUGCUUGGGAUUGCCCAUUCAUUCGGUGUUGUGUGAUGGGGUUUGAGACGGUCAGGGUGCAAGCUUGGAAUGGAAGCAAUAGUCCGGCCUUCUAGAAGCUGACGAAUUCAUAGCCGAGAACUUUGAUUGUGCGGCCGUUCUGUAUUUGGCAAUUGGACCUAGAUCGACCACUACCGUUCGAGGGUCAUCUUGCAAAGCCAGGG